AUGCCCCCUUGCCUCCCUCUUUUGGAACAUACGCCCCACUACGCCAAAUGUAGCGACCUUAGACAACACAAGAAGGGAAGAAAAAAACGUGAUACAGUAUUCUUUAAGGCAGUACUUCUAAGGAGCAGUUGGGUAAUGAGCAAAAAGUUUCAGUUAGGCCUGGUGCAACUUAGUGUAGGGGGCGAUAAGGGUCACAACAUCGCAAGAGCAAUUAGUUUUGUUCAAGAAGCCUCUAAAAAAGGAGCCAACGUAGUAGCCUUGCCAGAAUGCUGGAACAGUCCUUAUGGAACUGACUAUUUUUCGGAGUAUGCAGAAAAAAUAGAUAAUAGCAAGAAUACCGAGUCCCCCUCCGUAACUGCAAUGCAGCGCAUGGCUAUAGAAAAUUCAGUUUACCUCAUAGGCGGUUCUAUUCCUGAAAAGGAGGGAGACAGACUUUACAACACUUCUUGUGUUUUUAAUCCAGAGGGAAAACUGAUUGCGAAGCACCGAAAACUACAUCUAUACGAUUUAGAUAUUCCAGGAAAGAUAAAAUUUCAAGAAAGCAGUACUCUUUCCGCUGGCAAUAAACUUACUGUUUUUGACACCCCUUACGGUAAAUUUGGUCUAGGAAUAUGUUACGACAUUCGCUUCGUGGAAUAUGCGAGUGUCUUAACUGCAAAAGGAUGUCAAAUACUGUGUUAUCCUGGUGCUUUCUACAAGACAACGGGGGAAGCCCACUGGGAACUGCUGCAGCGCGGGCGGGCGGUGGACAACCAGGUGUAUGUGUGCACUAUAUCUCCUGCGAGACAUUCUCCGAAGGAAAACCCCUCACCAUCAAGCUACGUUGCCUGGGGACACUCCAUGGUUGUAAAUCCAUGGGGAACAACUAUAGCAAAAGCGGAGGAGGAGGAGAAAAUAAUAAUAGCGGAUAUUGACCUGUCCAAAGUAGAGGAAAUUAGAAAAAAUAUUCCAAUUUUGACUCAAAAACGUAAAGACGUUUAUUCUCUCCCAACGGAAUUAUAAAUCUGAAAGUACGUUAAGGCCAUUCGUUGUUAAUAAAGAGCAAGUUUAAAUAAUUAGUUGUUUGAUUUGGGGGGGUACGGCCUCUGUAAGGGCGGUAAAGCUAAAGAGGACGU